AUGUCUCAUGUUUACAUGCAUAAAGUUUCUAAGAAGCCAGAAGAACUUAUUAACGUGGUGCUGGACGUGAAGGUGGCUCACUGUUGUGGCGGUCUAGCUGCAGAAGUUUCAGUGGUUCCACCUUCACGACUAAUGGCUCUAAUUGGUCAGGCUCUGAAGUGGCAGCAGCACCAAGGGUUACUUCCACCCGGAACUCAGUUUGACUUAUUUCGAGGAACAGCUGCUAUGAAGCAAGAUGUUGAUGAUAUGUACCCAACUACUCUUGGGCAUACUAUUAAGUUUGGUAAAAAAAGUCACCCAGAAAGUGCUCGAUUCUCACCGGAUGGGCAGUUCCUUGUUUCUUGCUCUGUUGAUGGAUUUAUUGAGGUUUGGGACCACAUAAGUGGGAAGCUGAAGAAAGAUCUUCAAUAUCAGGCAGAUGAAACUUUUAUGAUGCAUGAUGAUGCUGUCCUCUGUGUGGAGUUUAGUAGAGACUCAGAGAUGCUUGCAUCUGGUUCCCAAGAUGGAAAGAUUAAAGUUUGGCGCAUCAGGACUGGACAAUGCUUGCGCCGUUUUGAGCGUGCACAUUCUCAAGGUGUCACUUGUCUUGUCUUUUCUCGGGAUGGAAAUCAGCUAUUAAGCACAUCAUUUGAUGGCACUGCAAGAAUCCAUGGCCUAAAGUCAGGAAAAUUGUUGAAGGAAUUUCGUGGCCAUUCUUCUUAUGUUAAUGAUGCCAUCUUUACCAAUGAUGGAGCUCGAGUUAUCACUGCAUCCAGUGAUUGCACGGUCAAGGUUUGGGACGUGAAGACUACAGACUGUCUACAGACGUUCAAGCCCCCGCCUCCUUUAAGGGGCGGUGAUGCAUCUGUGAAUUCUGUUCAUCUUUUCCCCAAAAAUCCAGAUCACAUUAUUGUGUGUAACAAAACAUCCUCUAUAUACCUCAUGACACUUCAAGGACAGGUUGUGAAGAGCUUCUCAUCCGGUAAAAGAGAAGGUGGAGAUUUUGUGGCAGCUUGCCUAUCAACGAAAGGGGAAUGGAUUUACUGUGUUGGUGAAGACAGAAAUAUGUACUGCUUCAGCUAUCAAUCUGGAAAACUAGAGCAUUUAAUGAAGGUGCAUGAGAAGGACGUCAUUGGUAUCACUCACCAUCCCCACAGGAACCUUGUCGCUACAUACGGUGAAGAUUGCACGAUGAAAUUAUGGAAGCCUUGA